UUUCUCCACUUCAGAAUCCACUGGAAUUAUGUAGGUCACCCAUUCAGUAGAGUGUACAUUUUCCUUAUGUAAUGAACAAAACAAAUGGCUUGAUUUCCUUUGACUUGGGCUCGCCUGAUGACUGGAAACCUGUGAAGCCACCUGAUGGGGAGCACUCCAUCCUGACACGUGUCUCGAAGCGAGUCCUAGAAUCACUGUGAUCCCACGGGAAGAGAUUCAGUCAACCAGCUUUUUAUGAACUUUCUUUUUUGUCCAAAAAUGUCCAAUAAAUUGUGUUUUUCCCACCUAACGAAGUGACUCUUUAUCCCUGAAAAGGGCACUUUUACUGCUUUCAUUUGUGAAGUUUUGCAGGCACAAACCCUAAUUUCUCUUACUGUUUCUAAUCAACUACUAUUAGGCCAUCUGGGGGCUUUUAGUAACUGAACCCCUCUGGCAGCAGCAAGAAGAACGCACAAAUAAAUGCUCUUGCUGCUGGGUUUCCAGACGCACAACAGACAACGAAGGCAGGCCAAACAAAGGCUGGAGGAGGGAGGGGGGCGUCCCAAUUAGUAAUUGGCAGUGGAUUACUAGGGUAGGGAUGUCAAAGCCUCUCCUCAGUCCUCUGCGGAUAGCAGCUUCAUUCAGGCCUCAUCUGCAUAUCGGUGACAGUAGAAAAAAGGGGGAAAGUGUCUGAAACACAGCUGUGAAGUUUGAAAGAAAUACUAUUCCCUCCAGCAGAGGGACACAUCUGUCCUUUGGCUAUGUGACUUAUUUUGGGCAUUCUAAUUCUACCUGCCCCCCCCUGGAGGCAAGAGACCGACAAGAGCCUCUAUUUCCUUCAAGAGCUCAUUUCUUUUUUAGUGUUUAGUGCCCUCUUUAGAAUUUAAAACCCAUCCACAAUAGAUCAUCACUGAGAUUUCAGUCAUAAACAGCACAGUCCAUCUUUAUAAGAAAGGGGGGGUGAUGGUGGUGCUCCACCAGGCCUGGUGGUUUCCAUGGAGUCAUACCCAACAGCGUUUUUUGGCAGAGGCACGCCAUUCUUCUCGCUGCCUCUAAAACGCGCCACUUAUUCUGACUCAAGCCAUUGUGAGACGCACAAGUGGCUCUCUGAGGAGCAGGGGAUGGAGACAGAAAGGGUGGGGUCAGGGUUCAAACCAAAGGCUCCCCAUCGGGACUCCCUCUGUGUUAUCAAAUUUGUUGAGCUACAGUGUCAUGCCUGUGGACAUCUCGAGGGAGAAACGUGGGGUUAUAGGACAGCAUUCUUCCUGUCAGAGCACCAGUGGGGUGGGAGUGGGAGAUAAACUCCCCGUCCUCCCUUUUCUCUCUGCAUACAGCCUCCAGCUCCUGCACCCUCCACAAGCAGCCACGCUUUUGCCUUUAGGAGCUCUGACAUGAUCAUGGAGUCCUCCCUGCUGGAGCUGCCUCAGAAUCAGUCAUCAGAGAGCUGUGUGACGGCAGAGUCCACCACAGAGAACCAGUUGUUUGGAUGGUUCUACAUUGUGGUUUUCGUUCUAGCCCUGAGCGGCAACAGCUUGGCUCUUUGGAUUUUUUCUCGCCAGCGUGGCGUUUCCUCUCCAGCUACCGUGUUCCUGAUUCACCUGGCGGUGGCGGACCUCUCGUACGUGAUCAUCCUCCCCCUCAGAGCGACCUACCACUUCACUGGGGGCCACUGGCCCCUGGGGGAGGUUCCCUGCAGGGUGGUGGGCUUUCUGUUUUACGUCAACAUGUACGCCAGCCUGUACUUCUUGGCCUGCGUAGCAGCAGACCGUUACCUGGCUGUGGUUCAUGCCGUGAGGUCAAUGAAGAUCCGUCACGCUCGCUAUGCUCACAUAAUCAGCUUUUCUCUGUGGGUCCUGGUCACCAUCUCCAUGUCCCCCCUGCUGGUCACCCAUCAGACGGCACAGAGGGACAACACCACAGUGUGUCUGCAGCUUUACAGAGAAAAGGCCUCACGCAAAGCCCUGAUCUCCCUCGCCGUGGCCUUCACACCCCCGUUCCUCGCUACUCUGUCCUGUUACCUUCUCAUCAUCCACAGCCUCCACCGGGGCUCAAGGCUAGAGCCCGCUCUCAAGUUGAGGGCGCUGCGCACCAUCGGCGCCGUCAUGCUCAUCUACGUGGUCUGCUUCCUGCCGUACCACAUGAGCAGAGCCACCUUCAUCCUGGGCUACGGCCACCCUGACGUCUCCUGCCAGACGCGCAGAGCCCUGAGCACAGCCAACCGCCUCACCUCCUUCCUCACCUGCCUCAAUGGAGCCAUGGACCCGCUGGUCUACUUAUUCGGCGCCGAGAAAUUCCGCAGCGCGCUGAGGCGAAUCUUUUGCAAAGACAAUGGAGGGAUGUCUGCAGCCACGAGCGGCGAGUUAAAGGGAACGCAUGAGAGCUCUGUGAGCGCCAAGUCUGAGUUCUGAAGAGAGCGAUUAACUGGAGGCUGUGCCUCAGUGGACAGCCAGGAAUCUUGGAAGGAGCUCGAGUAGAUUCCUGGUGUAUUUACGGCUCAUUCAGCGCUUAUAAACAAACUCCACAUGUCAAGCACCAACUUCAGGGCGAUUCAUAUUGUAAAUAAUAAAGGUGGGGUGCAUGGUAGCACUAUUACCUCACAGCAAGAAGGUCCUGGUUCAAAUCCCAGCUGGGGCCUUUCUGUGAGGAGUUGCAUGCUCUCCCUGUGUGUGCGUGGGUGUUCUCCGGGAACCCCAGCUUGAUUGAUUACUUUAAAUUCUCCCUAGGUGUGUGUGAGAGGACAUGUGAGUGUGUGGCCCUGUGACAGGCUGGUGACAUGUUCAGGGUGUACCCAGCCUUUGCUCCACAGUAUCCAGGACAAGCUCUGGCGACCCCGUGACCCUGAAAGGGAUGGAUGGACGGAUACUUUCAAAAUAAUGAUUAAUUCCAAAUUUUUCAAACUUCCAAAAAAAGUUUUUAUGUUUUUGUUGCAGGUUUUACUCUCUUUCAUGUACUUUUUUUUCCCAAUAGCCUUAUUACAUUUUAAUAUGUGCACUGAUAAAAACAUAUAUUGUUGAAUCAGCACACUCUUUUUAACCUUACAUUCUCCAAAAUAAAAGACUCAAAUGGCCACAUCAAGAAACAGUCAGCAAGCUAAUCAAACUCAGAAAGAGUCUUAAAAAGUUGGAUUUUCGAGGAUGAUUCAUCUGAAGAGACAAACUUUAGGCAUCGCCUCAGCAGGAUGUCAGUGGAAUGACCAAAGGCUACAAAUUUGCCAUGAAGAAGAUUUCUGUUCUGGACAAGUUUAGAAACCACCUGCAAUCAUCUGAAGCAGAAGUUCUGCACGGCUGCAGGAAAAUCUUCAUCACUAAAUCGUUUUUAUCUGUAUUUUCUGUGUAUUGAGGUAAAUUCAGUGGUUAGCUACGACCUGCUUGUUUCCUCAUUUUUCCAAAAGAACAUUUCUAUGAAAUUGUGGAACAAGUUGGUGUUUUUUUUUACUUUCUGUAAACCAUGAAAUAUUUUUUUUGUUAAAUAUGUUGCUGUGUCACUCAUAAUUAGAAGAUCCAAACAAGACUAUGGAAUUUUUGUAUUUAUUACUAUCCAAUUGGAAUUAUUUUCUUAAGAGAACAGCAAAUGAUGUAAAGAGGCAGAACUUUUAAAAGUCAUAAAUGCCCCCUGUAAAUACAUUUAUCAUCAUCAAACAUUUAAACUGCUUUGUUAUGAAAAAUUAACUGCUGCUUUACUUUUAAACAGUUUUUAUAAUAAAGUUUGGUUAAGAGGGUAAUCUGAAUUGUAAAAUGUAAAUGUUUUGAUGUCAACUUUCUACAGUAAAAUACUGUAAAUGA